AUGAAGCGCAUCCAUGACAGACCGAACCGGUGUUAUGAUCAAGUGAAGCUUGCGCUUGAAAGCCCACCACAUAAAAAUCAACGUGCAAAAGUUACCACCGAGCCGCAGAAAGGCUCAGAAGAGAGUGACAAGCCUAUGCGAAGAAGCGCAGCGGUUGGCUCAAGAGGACACUGGGCUUGGGAGCCUUGUCGGACAGAGACUCUCCCAUCGGACAGAGACUCUCCCAAGCCCAGGGAGACGGGGCGUGUGUUUGACAAUCAGGGGAGAGAGGUUGUCAGCCAGGUUGACAAGAAAGGAAGGCUAAUGGUGCCUAAACCUGCGCUGGCUCCUCCCAAAUCCGGUCGAAGCACUGCGCCCCGUCGCCCUCGAGCAGAACCGAUAAUAUGCCAUUCGGCAGCCGCUUGGGGAGUCGGAGGACCUGGUGGUGGUUUCGUGCCUCCCAGAAGGGGAGAGGCUCCUGGUGAGAGAGAACGCCGUCGUGAGGCGGAUUUCAGAGAGGCCACCACCACGGACAACCUCGCGCGCGUGGAGGGAGCAGGCUCGCAAAGCCCUGGCCGAGUUCUUGAGCCUCCUCGUUCGCAUCAAACCGGACCUCAUCACGCUGCGCCUCUCAUCGCGCAUCUCAGAGAUGUUUCGCCCAGCAAAGGAUCAGAAUGGUCCACAACCUCUGAACCUCUGACCAAACCAAAGACGCCCAAGAAGCGCGCAUCAUCCACAGCAUCCAGUGAAGCAUACUGGUCUGACGACAGUGACACACCUGUCAAACCUCGUGCGCUCAGAAGAUCUGGCAGAGUUCUUUCAAGAGACUCAUUCGGCGCAAGAUCUCUUCUCUCGAAAUCCGACCCCAGAUCAGAGGCUGGCUCCCAAGAAUCUAUCUAUGCCAGCUCUGUGUACUCCUACGUUGAUAGCGAGGACGAAUCCCAGACUUCUGCUCCUAAUGCCGAAGGUCAAUCUCAGUCUGCCGCUUCCAAUGCUGAAGAAGAGGAGAUUGAAAAUCCCUUUCCUAAUCCCGAAACCUGGGAAUCUCAGCAUGACACCAGAGGCAUCGAUCCUUUGAAGUUGGGUGAGAUUUCUGUGCGCCCCCUUCCUCCAAUCGCUAUCCACUCUACCUUCAAGCACUCACGUGAAGCAUGGGGACUUCCUCCCUUGAAGCUACGCUGUCCUCUGGAUUCUCACCGUCACCCUUACCACAUCUACCAGUGGAACACCAAGAAGCUCAACUGCUAUGCCGAACACGAGAGCGACUGUCAACUGUGCGGAGCUUCUUGCUGCUCUGUCAUGGCCUACACCAAAGCCCUCGCCGAAGACCCUCGCCCCAACCCUGUGGUCCCUCUGAAGUAUCGCAAGGCCUUCCAGCGCGACAUUGACCAGAUCAACGCCAUGAAGCCCCAAGCCACCGACCCCUUUGAGAGAAUGCUCAAAUGCGACACUUGCUACCGCAAUGUUUGCCCUGAUUGCGCAGGACGUUGCAUGAAGCCCGCAUGUCUCCGUAUCAUCUGCAAGUCUUGUGGUGAUCCUGACCCUUGGAUUUACUGCCAGUGCGAGAUGUAUGAGGGCAAGCUCAGAAUUACUUACAUUUGA